AAAAAAAAUUUGUAAAGGAUGCAGCACACACCUUUUUCAACCCAUAGCAAAUAGAUUUGAAAUAUAAUUAUACAACCUGAAUGGUUUCAUUCAAGAAGAUAUAGGUUAGAUCAAUAGUAUAGUUAUGUCAUUAUCGUCUGAGUUGGCUGCAGCCAUAGAAGAUCCUGACUUCAUUCUUGCUGGGUCCAAGCUUAAGCAAAAAGUACAUUCCAGUGAUAUAUCUUUGAGUCAGAGAAUGUUAAGUGCCUUUCUGGGAUCAUUAAUAACAUCAAUGGUAGUGACGCCUUUUGAUGUCAUAAGGGUUCGUAUUCAACAACAAGAGAUACUUCCUAUGGCUAGACCAUGUUGUGAACCAGAAGCUGCUAUAGAGACUGCUACUACAAGUAGUGCCUCCACAAUCAAUGCGGCACUCAAAGCCCAUGGGUUACCUAAAUCAACAGCAGCAGGACUUGAUAGCUCUGCUCCUGAACUAUUCUGGCUCCAGCAUUAUUGUAAAUCAGCUGAUAACUGUACUAAGAUUACUUCCACAUUCCAAGGUUUUACAACAGUUGCUAGAAAUGAAGGGAUCGCAACUUUAUGGAGAGGUCUUUCUAUCACAUUAUUAAUGGCUAUCCCAUCCAAUAUUGUCUAUUUCACCGGAUAUGAAUAUUUGCGUGAUAACUUACCUACAUCGAAGCAUCCAUUAAAUCCAUUAGUGUGUGGUUCAUUUGCAAGAAUCUUAUCAUCAACCUGUGUGGCACCCUUUGAAUUAGUAAAGACCAGAUUACAAUCCAUUCCAGCCGGAAAAUCAAGCUCACCAAAAGUGCUAUCAAACUUAAUAAAAGAUCUGUUUGCUACCGUGAAACAAAUGGGUGUAGGUACUCUUUUCACAGGACUUCAAAUCACAUUAUGGAGAGAUGCUCCAUUUUCAGGUAUAUAUUGGUUGUGUUACGAAUUAUUGAAAUCAUCAAUCGGAAAUGCCUUAAAGGCAGAUUUCGAUCAUCCAAAAGGAGGUCAAGAUGAUUGGAAAGUAUUCACUACCAGUUUCUUAUCAGGUUCAAUCUCCGGUACCGUUGCUGCAUUCUUUACUAAUCCAUUCGAUGUUGGUAAAACAAGAUUACAAAUUACAAGUCAACAUAAAAUUAAGAAAGGAAACAAAUAUGUAUAUCCAUCAAUGUUUUCUUUCUUAGCAGAUAUUUAUAGAAAAGAGGGGAUGGGAGCUUUAUAUGCUGGGUUUGUACCAAGAGUAUUGAAAAUUGCUCCAGCAUGUGCUAUCAUGAUUUCAUCAUAUGAGGUUGGUAAAGUGUUUUUUAAAACUGGUAAUAGUAAUCAUAAUAAUCAUAGAGACAUUCACCUGUAAGAUUAUUCUACAAUGUGUGAUGUAUUCAUUUUUAAUUUUAAUUUAAUGUAAUUUCGUAUUUAAUUUA